CUGGGCCGAACCCUCUAUCAACAAGGCCACGACACGUGUCAGAUAGAAACGAUAGAAAUUACACUUUCUAGAGUUAAUAACUUGAAACAACAAAAUCCACGAACAGAGCACAUAAUUUAUAUAUCUGGAAAGAAAAAGUCAGGGCUUUGAAAUUCCAAAUCACAUAUAUUUUAGUAGUUUUUCGAAGCCGAUGCAGUUAGGAUAAUGGAUAAACUGCCGGCUGAUAUUUUUCUGAAAAUUUUCUGUUGGUUGGAUCAUCAGAAUCUUGCAGCUGCUCAAUUAGUCUGCAAGAAAUGGAGGGACUUAGCCUCGGACGACAAUUUAUGGUUGAAUCUCUUCAAAGAAAGAUGGGGCACCGAUCGAGCCACAUUCUAUGCCCCAAUCUAUUCAAAACUAUGGAAAGAAGUCUACAUUGUUCAAGACCGUUGUGAACGAGUUGGAUUAGGCUUGAAGAUAAUAAGGGAAGGAGAUGACUAUUUGUUGGUCCACCAAGGUGAGAUUCAACGGCAUCUCGGUUCGAGACAAGCAGAAUCGCGAACUUACGAGUCAUCUCACGAUAGAAAAGACGAAUCCGUAGUCGAGGAGAAAACGCCUUCGAGUAGUAUUCUUGAUAAAAUACUUUUCUUCAUUGGGGAUAUGGAGACUGCAUCUAUGCAUGCGAAACGAAGUCGGUUGAUUUGAUGUGGAUAUUUGUGCUUUUGGUCUUGAUUUGUGUUGUUCGUAUGUUCAUAAAAUAUAUUGCUGUGUGGCUUGGUUUGGUUGUGUUGAUUGUGUUAUUUUUCCCUUUAACUUUUGCUAAUUUAUGUAGUUUUUGUAUAUAUCUAAAGCAAAUUUUCAAAUAAUAUUCUUCAUAUCCAGUCCUUUGCUGUGUGACUUGGUUUAGUUGUGUUGAUUGUGUUAUUUUC